CGCGUGCGCAAUCUUCAAAUAGUGAAAAUACCUGCUGCAGAUAAAUAGAAGUUUACUGAAAUUUAUAGUUUAUGUCAUUAAAUUAACAUCAUACCCACGAUGGCUGAGUCGGAUCCAGUCACCCUUGCCAAGAUUAAUUACUACUGCCGUGAGAAAUAUUAUGCUCAUAUGGAAAGUGCCGCCACAGAAGGAUUACAGAAAUAUGGAAAUGACCCAGUCCUUAAAUUUUUUGCAGCAUAUGCUAAAAUACUGCAAGACCACCCAGGUGAAGCAAUGCGAGAACUUGAUGUGUUGAAAGACAAGAGAGAUGUGAACCUCUGCUCCACAAUGGCGUUAAUGUUUGCUCAUAAACGAAGUGACACUGUGGACCGAGAAGCUAUGCAGAAACUUGAUGCCAAGUUAAAGGAAGAGCGCAAGCAGGCUGGGGAACUGGGUUUGUUUUUUGCUGGCCAGUUUUUGUUCCACACAGGAAAGUACGACAAGGCAAGGGAGUAUAUUGACAGGAUGCUCAAAUUGAACCCAACAUCAAAGGAGGGCCUGAUGAUGAAAGGUUGGAUUGAGAUGAUGAGUGGCCGAGAUAACAAAAAGAGUGUCAAGUUCUUUGAGGAGGCAAUUGAGAAUCAGGGUGCGAGAGAUAUAGACGUGUUACUUGGAAAAGCCAAGUUCUGGGAACUGCGUCGAAACUUCAGUGUGUCGUUGGAGGUGAUUAACCAGAUAGUUGUUGGGUACCCCACCUUUCUCCCGGCCUAUAUUGAAAAGAUGAAGUUACAGCUUGCAUUGCAGGACUGGGACCAAACACUAGAAACUGCUCAGAGGGCUUUAGGUCAAGAUCUGCACUGCAUCGAGGCACUGAGGUACAACAUCAUGUUCAUGUUAUGUCGAGAAGGGAGCUACGCAGAGGCAGCCAGUAAGAUCGGAGAUCUGAUUAGCUUGUUGGACCGGUUUGAACCUCGCAAUGCCUGGCUCUACUGUAACAUGGCUCAGGUGUUCAGCAGACUUUGUGGUCGAAACUCCCUGGUGUGUCAGCAGACCUACACCAUGACAGAGAGAGCGGUCAGUGUGGAAAGAACGAACUCGGAGUAUGUCAAUGAGCUGGGCUUUCAGUUGCUCCUACAGGGCAAAUCCAAGGAUGCCAUGCGCUGCUACAGAAAUGCCAUGAAGUUGGAUGAAACCAGUGUUCCAGCGUUGACAGGAAUAAUUCGGUGCCAGCUGAUGGAAAACCAGGUGGACGAGGCGGCCCAACAGUUGGAAUUUCUCCGUGAAGUACAGCAGAGUAUCGGCAAAUCGGCAGAACUUUCUUAUCUCAGUGCAAUGUUGGCAGUUAAAAAGCUUCAAGGUCGUGACAAGGUCAUGCAGCUGCUAAACGAAGCAAUCGAGAUUCACUUUGCUACACUGAAGGGCUAUCCUCUUGGAGUCCAUUACUACCUGCUGUUGAACCCAGACUUCUUGAUUCAGUUAAUCAAGGAUUACCUCCAGUUUGCACCUCAGACACCUGUAACAUCAGGUCAAGCCAUUGACGUGGUCCUCAAGCGAUGUCAUCAGGUUCUAGAUCCACUGACCCGCGCAGUUCCAGGCUUAAUGGAAUCGGUCUAUCUUAUUGGAAAAGUCAAAUUUCUCGCUGGUGACAUUGAUGCAGCUCAGACGACACUUCAGCACUGUUUGGACCAGGAUGCAACAUUCUCCGAUGCUCACAUUCUUAUGGCGCAGAUUCAUCUUCAUCAGAAUAACUUCAAACAGGCCAAUCAGUCUCUCGAAGUUGGGCUCAGUUACAACUUUGAAGUUCGUGAUCACCCUGUGUAUCACCUGAUCAAAGCCAGGAUUCUGAAGAAGCAGGGGGACAUGGCGGAAGCUGUGAAGACUCUACAGUUAGCCAUGCUGUUGCCAGGAGUAAAACGGACUGGCCACCAUGCUUCAGCAAAGAAGACGAAGGUUGAGCAGAUCAGCAUCAAUGACCGAGUGUCCGUCUUCUUGGAACUUGCGGAAGCUCAUCGUCUCCAGGGAGAGCAGCAUGAAGCUGCCCGGGUGAUGCAGGACGCCAUCAAUGAGUUCCAGGGCACAGCGGAGGAAGUUCGAGUGAUGAUCGCGAACGCUGAUCUAUCUCUGUCACGCGGAGACGCCGACCACGCACUGAGCAUGCUCAGAAACAUCACGCCUGAUCAGAACUACUUCGUCCAAGCUCGGGAAAAGAUGGCCGAUAUUUACCUCAACCACAGGAAGGACAAGCGUCUGUAUGCCAGCUGUUACAGAGAGCUGAUGGAUAAAUAUCCAAGUCCACACACCUGUCUGUUGCUAGGUGACGCCUACAUGAGCAUCCAAGAGCCAGAGAAGGCAAUAGAGGUGUAUGAAACUGCCCUGAAAAAGAACCCACGCGAUGCCACCCUUGCCAGUAAGAUAGGCCAGGCACUUGUCAAGACGCAUCACUUUGGAAAGGCAAUAAAUUACUAUGAAGCAGCACUCAAGUCUGGAGGGCAGGCGUUUCUAAGAUAUGACCUUGCUCAGCUGUUGUUGAAACUGAGGCAGUAUGAUAAAGCAGAAAAAAUACUUCGAUCAGCUUUGGAAAAUGAAGGACAUGAUCUGGAGACACUGAUUGAACACACCCGCUAUCUCCUGUUGUUGUCCGACGUGUACCUCAAACAAAGUAGAAUGGAAGAAGCUGUGGAAUUUCUAACAAAGGCCAGAGAAAUGCAGUCAAGGGUCCUCAAGCGAGUUCAAGUGGAACAGCCAGACACGUACCAAACACAGAAACAGCUAGCUUCGGACAUCUGUGGACAGUUAGCUCAGCAGGCGAAGAAUGGGCGGGACUACGAGAAAGCCAUCAAGUUUUACAAGGACGCUCUCGUCUAUAACGAAGAAGACAGCAAGGUGAUGCUAGAGCUGGCGGGACUCUACCUGUUGACAGAGGACCUGGAUUCGUGUCAGCACCAGUGUAUGACUCUACUGAAGAAUGACAGUGAGAACGAUGCUGCCACCAUCAUGCUUGCUGAUCUUAUGUUUAGAAAGAAUGACUACGAUUCUGCUGCUCAUCACUUCCAGCAAAUUCUGCAGUCCAAGCCAGGCAAUUACGAAGCCUUGUCAAGACUGGUUGAUUUGAUGAGGCGUGCUGGUAAACUGGAUGAUGUUCCAAAGUUCCUAGAGCUAGCUGAAAAUGCAUCUUCGCGCCCAACGAUGGAAGCUGGCCUCAACUACUGUAAAGCAUUGUACGAGUGGUACACUGGAAACCCGACGCAGGCCCUCAAGCUGUUCAACAAGUCGAGAAAGGAUUCUGACUGGGGAAACCAGGCUGUGUAUAACAUGAUAGAGAUCUGUCUGAAUCCAGACAGCGACACGAUAGGAGGAGAGGUGUUUGAGUCGGUGGAGGGAGAGGGCAGCAUAUCGUCCGAGACGGAGAAGGCCGACAGUGAACAGAUGGCAGUGAGAACUGCAGAGAAGUUGCUACGGGAGGUGAAACCUAAACCUGGAGAUAUUCGCCCCAAACUGUUGGAAAACAUGGCGCUAAUAGCAACCAAGCAGAAAAGCAAUGUUGAGAAAGCUCUCUCGGCUUUCAUGGAGAUAGCUGCACAUGAGCGAGAUCACGUGGGGGCGUUGUAUGGAAUGGCAGCUGCCUACAUGGUUCUCAAACAGACACCGAGGGCAAGAAAUCAACUCAAACGUGUGCAGAAGAAUGUAUGGACUAUCCAGGAUGCAGAUGAUUUGGAAAAGAGCUGGCUUCUGCUUGGAGAUAUUUAUAUUCAGUCUGGAAAAUAUGACAUGGCAACAGAUCUGCUGAAGCGAUGUCUGCAGUACAACAAGUCAUGUUGCAAGGCUUAUGAGUACAUGGGGUUUAUCAUGGAGAAGGAGCAGUCAUAUAAAGAUGCAGCCCACAACUAUGAGAAUGCUUGGAAAUACGGAAAUAAGAACAAUCCAGUUAUAGGAUAUAAGCUGGCUUUUAAUUACAUGAAGGCAAAGAGAUUUGUGGAUGCAGUUGAUAUAUGUCACCAUGUUUUAUCAAGCCACCCGAACUAUCCUAAAAUAAGAAAAGACAUUCUGGAAAAGGCCCGAUCAAGUCUGCGUGUGUGAAGAAGCUGAACAUGCUGUCAAAUUCUCAGGGCUCGAACUUAACGAUGGCACCGACAGCUAUUGCUGUAGUUGUGAUAUGAAAUACCAUCAGUAGCAGUUGACCGAUGACAUUUUAAAAACAUUUUUGCCGAUGGAUAAAAAUUAUUGCCGUCAGUUCAAGAGACUAUUUUUAGUUUUUAUAUUUGUUGCCAAAGUUUCUGGCUUAUAAUUACCGUAGGCAAGCUCAAAAUAGCUUUCGGUGAACAUUUUGCUGGUGGUAAAAACAUUUCACAAUUGCCAUAGGUAACAGAUUCUGACGUUCGAGCCCGAUAUUUUUGUCUGUGAUAUAAAACAUUACAAUAUUGUGAUUAUCAAUACUGUGACGGUUGACAUGUGCCAGAAACUGGGAAUAUCUUUAAAUUUUAGGUCUAAAUAUGCACAGAUAUACAGUUUAGAGCAAAUACCAUUCAAAUACAUUACAGGGCUAGCUGAAGCGGUCAUCAAAGGCCGUGGUAUGUGUUAUCCUGUCUGUGGGAUACUGCAUAUAAAAGAUCCCUUGCUGCUAAUCAGAAAGAGUAGCCUAUUGCGUGGCGGCAGCGAGUUUCAUCUCUCAAUAUAUGUGUGGUCCUUAACCAUAUGUCCGACGCCAUAUAACCGUAAAUAAAAUGUGUUGAGUGCAUCAUUAAAUAAAACAUUUCCGUCCUUCGUCAGAUUUGCCAUUUGUGAAUAUUGAAAACAAUUGAUAAAUUUUAUUUUAAUUUGGGGGGGGGGGGGGGGGGGGGGGGGGGGGGGAUGUGUAACAGUAAUAAUUGAUAUUUUGUGUCAAAAUAAAUACUGUUCAUUUUGAAUAAUAAGAGAUUUACAACACAUAAUACAGUGAACACCCCCCACCCCAAACCAGACACGUUUGGGACUAAGUAAAAUGUCUGGUUUUAAGGGCUAUCCGGUUUAGAGAGGUUCUCCUUUGUACUAAUAUUUAAAAGGGGACCUUGAAAACAUCUGGUUUUGAGAGAAUUCCGGUUUAGAGAGAGUCCCGUUUUGAGAGGUUUCACCGUACAUCUUUUUGGAGGCUGAUGCAUUGUAGUCAUGAAGUAAGUUAUAUAUUAUGUAUAUAAUUAUAAAUAUAUUUCAACAAAAUAUGUGUGAUAAUAUUGACGAGAAACGUGCCGAUUGUGAUCUUGAAGGUGUCUGCUAUAUAUUAAAUUCAAUUUGGUUCUGAAAACCUGUAACAGUAAACAGACAUAGGCGAAAGUGUCCAUUACUAUACCAUAACUACUGGUACUAUAGGACAACUAUCUCUCCACUUUUUAUGUCCUGUGGGUUAUUUCUCAUUCCUGCCUUCAAUAGAGGCUGGGUCUCACAAAUAAAAGGCUAGGCUUCUGUUCCAGGAUUUACGGUAUGUAGUAUAUAAAUUCACUGAUGGUUCAAGCAUGCUAUCCUGGGAAUGCAGUCCAGAAACCUGGCCUGGCGUUUAUAAAACUUUUAAAGUCUAGACUCGAGACUCUAAUAGAGUCUGAGACACUAAUGUCAUGACAACGCCAUACAAAUUGUAUGCGUGUGACGUCAUUAGAGAUUGAGUCUAGACUCAAGACUUCAAUAGAGUCUGAGACAGUCAUAUCAUGACAAUGCCAUACAAAUUGUACGCGUGUCACAUCAUUAGAGAUUGAGUCUAGACUCUAAAAGUUUUAUAAGCAAGGACCCAGGUCUGCCUCUCCGAGACUGAAAAUAGGAAGGUAAAUAACAAAUUGUCGCAUAUUUUGUUAAAUGAUACAAUUGUGUCAUGUCUGUAUCUAAGAUAUAUCAGUUUAACUUUUACUUAUUUAUCUUUUAGAUUUAAAAUAAACUUAUUAAGUUGUAUUUAAUUACUCUUUUGUCUGUUUCUUCAGUAAAUCAUUGGUCUGGUAUUUAUAACGUUUAAAAUGUAUUUUAUUAUUUUUUUAUUUAAACGUCAAUAAAAAUAGUCGGCUUGUUUUACUUACAAUGCAUGAAUGAACGUUUUAUAAAACCCAGCACAAAUGGACAUUAACAUCAAAGAAAGGACCAACAAUACACAAAAUGGACCAAUUAAAAAGACAAAAACCCCAAACAUGUAUUUUAAAAUGACAGUAACAUGGGCCAUAUUUUACGGUUUGUUAUCCAAAUGUUUAUAGUAGCCCAAACUAGAUUUUUCCUUCCAAUAAUUUCAUACAUCCGAACAAUUAUUCAUUACGAAGAAACGGGCACGGCGGAACCAAGUAGACAUUGGGGGGAGGGCUGACAGAUCGAGGGCAUAAAACAAAGUUUCUAAGGGGGUUUGGGUAAACGUUGGAAAACUAGAUGUGCUGAUAUGCAAUUUCCUGCAUUCUACAAGUAAAAUUCAUCUCUGCUUUAAGAUUUACUACCAAUCACAUGUUUGAUUCAGAAUUAUUUGGGGACUAGAGGUCCCCCCAGUCCCCCUACUCUUCAGUCCCUGAUCAAAUUAAUAAUAACUGCUACAAACAUUGACAUAUGACUACACACACUGGAUAUACAGACACGGUAUUCUAUAGAAGAAAAUAAAUUUAAUAUGUAAUUUUAAUAGCCAAAAUGGCUGUGCUAGUCAAAAAUAUCUUACAAUGCCGCAAACUCAGGACCAUCCCUUUAAUCAAUCAUAUACUACACACAGGACAACACAUGCCAUAAUCUUAGAAAUAAUACGCUACCAUGACCUUUGAUGUGCCAGUCAUGUGGCACUGGUUGGGAUGGGGAAAAAACACUAGUGCAACUCGCUAGCUUGUUUCAUACAAAUGCUCUACUACUGUGUUAAAUUGCAUCUCCAGGAUUCUUCAGUUGAAGAAACUAAUGACAUCUGUCACCAUUAGCAUGUAACAUAACAGUUGCUGUACAUGUAAAGUUAACAAGUUUGUUUUUGUUUAACAACACCACUAGAGCUCAUUAAUUUAUUGAUCAUCGGCUAUUGGAUGUCAGGCAUCUGGUAAUUUUUACGUUAAUAGUCUUAAAGAGGAAAUCUGUUACAUUUUUUCCAUUGGUAGCAAGAGAUUUUUUUAUGCACCAUUCCAUAAACAAGAUUGCACAUACUACGGGCUUCGAUAUAUCAGUCGUGGUGCACUGGCUGGAACGAGAAAUAGCCCAAUGGCCCCACCAACGGGGAUUGAUCCUAAACCGACCUUGCAUCAAGCGAGCGCUUUACCAUUGGGCUACGUCCCACCCUCAGUUACAGGUAAAGCAUAGGCAUACGAAUUCCACAGAAUUAAACAUCUCGUCUGCCAUAACUUGGUAAUAGUGUUCACAGUUCAUCUAGUUUAUUAAAAAUAAUGUUAGUUAAGUUUUGUUUUUCUUGGGGUUGGGGAUAACAUAUAUAUUUUUGAGGGGGCUGGGGGUAUUGUUUUUUAAUUAAUUUUAUAAAAGAAAUGAAUUGUAAUGUAAAAUUUAACAUUGCAGGCCCACACUUUAGGAUGAUAAUGUACUGUGUUUUGUUGUUGUUGUGGAGGUUUUUUGCUGUACUUUAUAUGAAAAUAAAAAUUGUGGCGUGUA